AACAAGUUUUGUCCAACAGCAAAUGUAAGAAGCGCUACUGAGAAGAACAUAGUGCUCGAGCUAGUAAAUAAUAAGCAAGUACGAAAAUAUGUUAAUAACUGAAUAAUAUUCUAACAUAAAGGUUGGCCUAUAGCAUAAAGUACUUUUGAACAAAAGACAUAGACAAGGGGCGUGGCUGCUGGUAAUAUGCAGGCACGUUCAUGGUUUGGUCGACUCGACUGGAGGAGAUUGGGAGAGAGUGCUGUGCUGCAGAGGGAGGGAGGGAGAGAGAGAGGAGGAGGAACUACUGGAGGAAAAAAAGUUAAAGUAAAAAAUGGCUUCCUUGUCUUUGGAGUCUACAGAACAAUCUGAGAACAGCCCAGAGGAGCCGACAGCCACGGAGUCCAAAGAAGAGAAAGAUCCGGUGCAAAUUUCGGAAGAAUUACUCCAAAGUUUCCAAAACGCGGCUCUGAGUUUUUCCACUGACCAAGUCUCAUGUCUGUGCGAGGCCCUUCUGCAGGCGGGCAAUGUGGAUCGCCUGUGGAGAUUUCUAUCCACCAUACCUCCUUCGUCCGAGCUGCUACGUGGCAACGAGACCCUGCUGAAGGCCCAGGCACUGGUGGCUUUCCACCGGGAAGAGUUCAAGGAGCUGUACGCCAUCCUGGAUAGCUACGACUUCCACCCGUCUAACCAUGGGUUCCUGCAGGACCUGUACCUGAAAGCCCGCUACAAGGAGGCGGAGAGGUCCCGGGGCCGCAGCCUGGGCGCUGUGGACAAGUACCGGCUCAGGAAGAAGUUUCCGCUGCCCAAAACUAUCUGGGACGGAGAGGAGACCGUGUACUGCUUCAAAGAAAAGUCCCGAAAUGCCCUGAAAGAGUGCUAUAAGAGCAACAGGUACCCCACUCCGGACGAGAAGAAAAACCUGGCCAAAGUCACCGGACUGUCCCUCACACAGGUCAGCAACUGGUUCAAGAACCGCAGGCAGAGGGACAGGACCCCGUCCGGGACCCACAGUAAAAGUGAGUCUGAUGGGAACCACAGCAGUGAUGACGAGGCGAGCCCCAUGGACGACGCCUCUGACAAACCAGAGGAGGUUGUUGGCUCCACAGCUUCCAUCAUCUCUCUCUCUGCCGUCCCCUGUAGCGCGGGAGGCCAGCUCAUCCUCAACGGGUCCGGUGGCUUCCUCACAGCCUCUCAGUCGUUGCUACUUAAUGGAAAUUCCCUCAUCUCCAGUACUGGUGCUGGUGUCAUAAUUAAUGGGCUGAGCUUGGGCGAUUGCCAGACAGUCACACUGAGUCCUGUUCCAACUAACUCUCCUUUAAUUCUGAACGGGGCUCAGGUAAUAACCAAACCGAGUAUGCAGCAGCUGCAGCAAGCCGUUUCUAUUGCACCGCACAAGGUUUCGGCCAUUGAGGCCAAGCCGAGCAGUCUUUUUAGCACUAACACCACACCAGUCUCCAUCAUCUCUCUUCCCCUGCAAACCAAAAUGGAUGCAAUGGAUUUCAUCGGUGUCCCUGAAUCAGAGGGCAGCAUCCAGACAGUAUCUUCCUCUUCUUCAUCUUUAUCUCCUUCCUCCCCAACUCUGUCCUCCCCAACCAGUUUCCCCUCACUAGUUUUAACGCAAAACACCCAACGCCAGGAGUCUCUCUCGGCCUCGCUGUCGUCCACAGGCAUGGUAAUCUCCAGUCCUGCCAUGCCCAUCUCCAGUCAGCACGGGGAGUAUGUUGUUAUUGCGACUGCUGGCUCCCACUUAAACCCUUGUAGCUCCGUGGUUUACACCAGCAACUCCUCCCCUCAGGUCUUCUCUCUGCCCCAGGUCGUGCCUUCCAUCCAGGGUAUACCAGUGUCCCAACUGGUCCAGCACUCUUCAGGAGCCCAGGUGUCCCAAUGCCCUCAGUUGGUCCCAGUGUCCCCCCUCACCUCGCCAGCUCCUCAGUUCCAAAACCAGACAUUUAACACAAGCAAUAAACUGCAGCAGGAUGCUUUAACAACUCUGCCCGAAGGAGCCACGACUAUAGUUUCUAUCUCGCAGCUUAACAACAAUCUGCUCCCACAGCGAACGCUACACCAGCUGGAGGACCAAAGCACAAACUCCAUACCCAGCAAAAUCCAGGUCCCACAGGUUAUUUCUAUCUCUUCCCAUACACAAGUAGUCCCCAAAGGCACCACAGCAGCACAGUUAGUCCCCCUCUCCAUGCCUCAGCUGGUCCCCGUCUCCCCCAUACAAACGUCCUCCACCAUCUCUUUCCCCCAAGUGGUUCCUGCCAGUCCUUCUCUCUCCAUCCCCUCUGCUGGGGUGCCCUUACAGAUCUUGACUUCAGCUCCUGCAGGGGUCACCCAGGGUCCUCUGAGGAUAAACCAGCUGAGGCCCAUUCAGAGUGUGGGUACCCCAACCAGCAUGGCCCCUGGUGUGCAGCUCCUCAACUCUGGGAUCAUUCAGCUGCCCUCUGCUUCUCCAGGUAACCUUCUCCUCGGUGGAGGCCCCUACCUGAGUGUGCAGCAAGGCAAGCUGAUUCUGACCAUCCCAGCAGGCAUUCAACUCACCAGUCUGCCCCUGAAAGCAGUUUCUGAUGCGUCACCCAUCUCUGCUAAUGGAUUGAGUCCCAUUCUCACCCUAUCCACCCCUCCUGUAGUCUCAACCACCUCAGGCCUGACCCCCAGUAGCCUCGCAUCAUCUCCCCUAAACUUCAUCAACUCGUCUCCACCGUACUGUGCUCCAGAGGCUGGAGCACCUGCCGUCCCCUCGUAUCAUGCGCUGGACCAUUCAGUCACCGCUACAGCACCAAACACUCUCACUCCAGAAAGUAUGCUUACCCUCAGUCCCAUGUACAGUGGGGUGACACCCAACAUCCAGUUGUCCCAACCAGCCUGGAGCCCUGUGCCGCUCUCCACGUCGGCUAGUCUAACUCUGUUUGAUGUCCGUGGCAAGGGGGACCUACCUGUAGACCCGGCUUUGUUAGGCCUACCUGGAGGAGAGUCGCUGCUUCUGGGAAGCCCCUCUCCAGAGCAGGAUGUGGAAACCAACUCGGCACUGGGGAAUCCAGAGGAGAUGGACGGGGAUGCCAAGAUCCUCACUCAGCUCCAGUCUGUCCCUGUGGAUGAUGACCUGGGCUUGUAGUCUGUUUACUCUGCUGGUCGGCAACCCAGUGUCUCUUUAAAAAAGAAAAAGAAACGAUGAAACGCACAGUACUUUGCAGAUUCUCCACAUUGUCAAUCCUCUAAGAGCCAAAUGUUUUUUUACAAUAUGUUCCGGUUCGGACAUGUUCAACGAUGAUGCUCUUGGCCUGAUACCAUCAUGGCGCUUUUGAGAUAAAUCCUCUGCAGCUCUAUUUCACAUGGAUGGGAAGUGUUAUAUGGGAUGUUCUCAUGCGUUUCAGAGGUUGUUUUUUUAACUAAAAUCCGUACGUGCCUUAUCUGCAUUAUCAGAUGCAGACAGAAGAACUAACACAGGUUAUUCUACUUUGUCCAGUUAUAGGUCCUGGUGUUAAAAAAAGAAAAACUAUUAUGCAAGGCGUCAUGGCUUUGCAUGUCCUCUCAGCUCUUCUUUGCAGUUUUGUGGACUAUGGACAAAGUUCAGCUGUACUUGGAAAAGAUAUUUGUUUUUUUUGCAGGCAGUAGAAGUAGUUAGUUGUGGAGUCACCGCAGUAACUAUACACCAGACUGUUUGGCAAAAGCCUGAAUCCAGAAAUAGUUUCCUCAGAGGACGUAAUUGACCAACACUCCAGGAAUAUAGUGACGAUUAUAUUCCUCACAAACAGAACUUGGUUGAUUUUUAAAAGGGUCUAUUUUCUAUGCAAUGCAUGUUUAGUUCUUUAUAGGACAUUAUGUGGCACGAUUGUCCGAGUUUGAAAAGCCAGUACACUUGGGAGAUGAGAAUACGUUUUUUGAAUAAUGUUUUUAAAUGAAGCAUGACACUAAAACAUUUGCUGUGAUCCCACUUUGUGAUGUUUGUUGUCAAAUGCAUUCAAAACCUUUUGAUAAGUGCCUUAUUUUAAAGCUUGGUUUGAUGUUAUUUUACACAGUUUUACAAGCGCUAUACACCCGACCAAAUUUUGGGAUUCACUUUAUGGACUUGUUUUCAAUACCCACAUUUCUGUGUCUGUUUGAUCUCCAGUGAGACAUAAUGUGACCGUUUUGGUUGCAUGGUCAUAACUCGAUCUCCUCUAUUUGUAUAUUUUGCACCUUUCAUUAACACAAUGUUUACGCUGCGCUGCCGUGUUGUUGUGACAGUGGCUGGACUCAUAUUCUGUUCUGAAAUGUCCUUUCAAUAUCCAAAAAUAUAUUUUUCUAAUUGGACUUUAAUAAUCCCCUCUUGACAGAAUAUGAUGCUGAUAAAAAUGCUCAUCAUCGUAUCAUACGACUUUUCCACUGUCAUAAUAACACGGGUAGCGGCCAAACCUUUGGCCAAUUAUGGUACACAAAAAUACACUUCAGUGUUCAAUCUAGUUACAAUAAUGGCCGUUUGUGUGUGUAUUUUUUUAGUAUGUCUGUUGUUUUGUCUUUUUUUGUACAUUUAAUCUAUUUAAAGCAUGUAUCAAUCAGUAAGAAAAUGACUCCGUGGAAAAACGCAGAUAUGAAAUGAUGAAUGAAUAUUCAUUUUCACUUGGAAGGUCACAUUGUUGUGCAAACUGAGGUUUUACAAUCUUACACUAUAGGUAUUAAAUCAAUUUUGAUGGUCAUUUCCAAAUACAGUAGGUCGCCCCCAUGUUAACAAAUGUUAAGGUCAUUUGUUCCCAGUGGCCUUUUAGAUCAUUAAAUAGCUUUGACAAUGUUACUGAAAUUCUAAUUAAUAGUUAGGGGUAAAGGGAAAGGUGUCCAUUAUGUAAAAUACAGUAGCCUGCGUUUGUUUAUAUGAGCCAUUUCUUACCAAAAUAUGGGCUUAUGCACAUUGUACCCGUUUGUUUGUAACCUGGGAUAUGUUUUUACUCUCUCCUACCUACACAUAUGACUCCAGAUUUAACCAAAGAUAAUGUAUUUUGAUAGUUGUGAAAGGGAUUGUUUGUGUCUGUCAUUCAAUGUUUUUUAUAUUCAAAUGCAUUCUAUUUUUUAUAUUACAUAAUAUUGUAAUAAACUACAUUUACAAAAAAA